GGUGCUGCUGCUUUAUAAAGAGAAGUUGAGCGGCUCGUAGUUCCACAUGAGGUUUAGGGCCAUGGCCAAGAAGAGUGAAAUCCUUAUUUGGGGGAUCUUGCUGUUCAUCUCCAGCUGCCUUGCCUUCUCUGAGGAGAUUGCCAAGUGUUUCCAGGACCCCGAUUAUGACACCCUCAUUGACAUAGCCCAGAAUGGGCUCAAGGCCUCCGAACAUCCCAAGUGUGUGGUGGUGGUAGGGGCUGGAAUGGCAGGCCUAGUGGCAGCUAAGCUGCUGCAGGAUGCUGGUCACGAGGUAACCGUCUUGGAGGCCAGUAACUACACUGGAGGUCGGGUGCUCACAUACAGAAACAAGGAGGAAGGCUGGUACAUUGAACUAGGAGCAAUGCGAAUCCCAGAAAGCCACAGCCUAACACAUAUCUAUGUCAAGAAGCUUGGCCUGAAGCUCAAUAAGUUCAACCACUAUGACCACAAUACCUGGUACCUACUCAAUGGACAGCGUCACACCGCCAAGAGCGUUGCUAAUGACCCGCAUAUCUUGAACUACACCGUGAGUCCCACAGAGAAGAACAAAACUGCCGCACAACUCUUCCACCAAUCCAUCAGGAAGAUCGAAGAUUCCAGAAAGACAGUCAACUGCACUGAACUGCUAUCCCUUUAUGACUCUUACUCCACCAAGGCUUACCUAAUGAAGGAAGGAAACCUAAGCAAAGGAGCAGUCCAGUUCAUCGGGGACUUGAUGAAUGAGGAUGCCGGAUUCUAUAAGUCCCUCCUGGAGUCCCUGAGGAGUUUUAGCAUCUUCGGCAUAGACAAUGAGUCCCGAAAUUUUACAGAGAUCACCGGUGGCUUUGACCAACUCCCCAAUGGCCUCAGUGCCAAUCUGAAGCCAGGCACCAUCCAUCUGGAGUCCAAAGUAGAAAGAGUGGUGAGAAAGGGAACGAAGGUUGAGGUUUCCUACCGCACAGGUGGGCCCACCUCUUCACUGCAAAACAUCACUGCCGACUACGCCAUCAUCUCUGCCUCAGCCAAGGCCACACGCCUCAUCACCUUCCAGCCAGCCCUGUCCCCAAACAAAACGCAUGCCCUGCGCUCAUUGCAUUACACCAGUGCCACCAAGGUGGCAUUAGUGUGCAACGAACGUUUCUGGGAAAAGGAGGGCAUACAGGGUGGGAGCUCCAUCACGGACCGGCCCUCCCGCUUCAUCUACUAUCCCAGCCACAGCCUGCCAGGUGGCAAGGGCGUGCUGCUGGCCUCUUACACUGUGGGCGAUGAUUCCCUGUUCUUUACCUCCAUGAAGGAUGACCAGGUGGUGGAUAUCAUCCUGGAUGACCUGGCCGCAGUGCACAAUGCAUCCAAGGAAGAGCUAAAGCGCAUGUGCCCUGAAUCAGUGAUCAAGCAAUGGUCCCUGGACCCCCUCACCCUUGGCGCUUUUGCUGAGUUCACACCCUACCAAUAUGUGGACUAUUCCGAGGAGCUCUUCCAGCCAGAGGGCCACAUCUACUUUGCUGGGGAGCACACCGACCUACCUCAUGGCUGGAUAGACACUGCCAUCAAGUCGGGCAUCUGGGCUGCCAGGAACAUUCAAGAUGCAGUGGACAAGGAGGCCCCUCAGGGACAGAUGGCUCUGUAGAUAGACAACAGUUUGGGAUGGUUGGGUUUUGCCCCAAGAACAAUCUGUGGGAAGUCUGACAGAGUAGGCUAGAAGAUAAAAGGAGGUAGAGACCCAGAGAGAGGUCACCUCUGGUCCCUUUGUCUACAAGCAGGAGCUGCUCAGGGAAGCUGGCAGGAGACAUCACCCCCUUUCCUGCCUCUCUCCCUGCCUAGUUCUCCACAGGAAACAGCAAAGCUGGGGAGGGUGGGAGUCAAGGCUGGAGAGUCCUAGAGUCAGCCUUUAGCCUGAAGGAAAUUGUAUCCAAAUGCAAAAUAAUAACAAAAAGAGAGAGAGAGAAAGAGAGAA